ACAGUUCCUUAUUAUCUAAAAAUCAAAAUCAAUGUUUUAUGCAAUCAGAUGCUUUUAAAUUGAUUUUAAAUAAAAUUAACUGACUAAUAAGUCAAUUUAAAUUAUCUUUGGCUUUGAUAAAUUGAAACUGUUCUUAGAGCCUUCUAUUAAUGGGAACGAAUGGAGUUUCAAUAAAAUAGUAUGAAAGUUUUAAGGAAAAAAUGGCAUAAAAUAUGAUGCAAAUGAAUAUUAACAGCACAAAAAUAGCUGGAUUGACAUGCAAAGUUGAAAUGAAAAUUUUGUGAUGAACAUUUUGAAUUCAUAACCUGCCAUGGCAACUAGACAAAGAGGACAAAAAACUUUUACAGAAAAUGUGGGGUCAAAGUUACGUCGGUUGUCAAAUUUGUUCAUGGAUAAGGAAACCAAAAAUGUUACUGAAUCAGAAAAACCAAAGGAAUAUGCUGUUCAGAAAGUACAUGGUAUCAGAUGGUUUCACCCGAAUAUUGACGGUCAAGGGGCUGAACAGCUGUUGAAGACCCGUGGGUUUGACGGGAGUUUCCUGGCCCGGCCCAGCACCAGUAAUAUAGGGGACUUCACUCUCUCAGUCAGACGCAAUGGCCAGGUUACACACAUCAAGAUCCAGAACACAGGAGACUUCUAUGACCUCUACGGAGGAGAGAAGUUUGCCACGCUCGCUGAACUCGUGCAGUAUUACAUGGAGAACAUGGGCCAGCUGAAGGAGAAGAAUGGAGACGUGAUCGAGCUGAAAUUCCCAGUCAACUCUGAAGAUCCCACUACAGAAAGGUGGUUCCAUGGCCAUAUAUCGGGCAAGGAGGCAGAGAAGCAGUUAAUGGACAAUGGGAAGUACGGCAGCUAUCUGGUGCGAGAAUCUCAAAGCAAGCCCGGGUUCUUCGUCCUUUCUGUGAAGUGUGAGGACAAGGUUACUCACGUGACGAUUCGAAGAAAUGUGCAAAACGCCAAGUUUGACGUGGGAGGCGGUGAACAGUUCAACAGUCUGGCUGAUCUUGUGGAGCAUUACAAAAAGAAUCCCAUGGUUGAAACAACAGGCACAGUAGUGCAUCUUAGACAUCCAUACAACGCGACCCGUAUAGCAGCGCGCAACAUAGACAACCGUGUGACCCAGCUGACCAAGGACACGACCAACCAGAACGCACCAAGCAGUACCAGUAGAGGGGGAUUCUGGGACGAAUUUGAGCAUUUACAACAGCAAGAGGUCAAGCACUUGUUUAGCCGGAAAGAAGGAGGUCGACCAGAAAAUAAAGCGAAAAAUAGAUACAAAAAUAUUCUGCCAUUUGACCAUACUCGGGUGUGUUUACGAGAUGGAGAUCCGGACGUCCUGGGCUCAGAUUACAUCAAUGCAAACCAUAUAACAGCGGAGGAUGACAAUAUUGAGCCUAAGAAGAGCUACUUGGCGACGCAGGGCUGCUUACAGAACACCAUUGUGGACAUGUGGCGCAUGAUCUGGCAGGAAAACUGUCGGGUCAUCGUCAUGACGACCAAGGAGGUCGAGAGGGGAAAGAUAAAGGCCAUGCGCUACUGGCCUGAUGCGCAGGAGAAGGAGAAAAGAAUGGCCGUGUUCAAAGGGACCAUCAUUGUUAAAUUAAAAAAGGAGGACAUAGAUAAAGACUACAUUACUCGGGAGCUGGAAGUGACGCGGGGAGAACAGAAAGACGAGGUGCGGAGCGUGUGGCUGUACCACUUCCAGACAUGGCCGGACUACGGGGUGCCCAGCGACCCCAGUGUGGUGCUGGACUUCCUCAACACAGUCAACUCCAAACAGGAGACCUUUCAGAAGGCUGGACCUAUAGUUGUGCACUGCAGUGCUGGCAUUGGCAGAACGGGGACCCUUAUUGUGAUAGACAUGAUCCUUAAUCAGAUCAAAACCUAUGGCAUGGACUGCGAGAUUGACAUACAGAAGACCAUUCAGAUGGUGCGUUCCCAGCGGUCAGGCAUGGUACAGACAGAGGCCCAGUACAAGUUCGUCUACUACGCCGUCCACCACUAUAUCGAGACGGAGAAGAAACGUAUAGAGGCUGAACAGCAAAGCAAAGUAGUUGGUCGCGAGUACACAAACAUUCAAUAUGCAAGUCAGAUGCACGGUGGUGACCGAAACUCGCUGAUCCGCGGCACGGCACCGCCCAGCGCCACCGUGAUGGAGCAUCCCGCCCUUGUUCAUCCCAAACCACCCGCCAAACACUUCAGAGAUCUGCCAAAUCCUCCCCCCCAAGAAGACUCGAAGAUCUACCAGAACUUCCCCAAAGUGGCUACCAAAUGACCUUGACCCUGUCUUGACCUUGAUAGGUUCUGAUGACCUUCACCUAUCACCUCCGCACAAUAGUUGUUCUGUGUAUCUCAUGAAAAGUUCCCUGGUUACUCGCAACUUUUUGUAUGUGAUAACUGUGUAUCAGGCAUUAAUAUUUUAUUAUAUUGUUUAACCCUUUGCAUGCUGGGAAAUGUGUCUGCUAAAAUGUCGUCUGCUGAAUUUUCUAAUAUUAGCAUUCUCUUUGAUUUUUUUUCAAAUGAUACUAUCAGAAUAGCAAACAGGUUGAAUCCUGAUGAGAUGCCACUUCUGUGGCGUCUCAUCUGGAUCCAAACUGUUUGCAAAGGCCUUCAAAAUUGGCUUCCAGCACUGAAAGAGUUAAAAGUGUAAUUUGAAAAGACAGGUCAAAGUCAAAAGAAUAGUGCUGAUUCAGCAAUUUUAUUUUAUGAUAUGAAGCCUUUUUUAUGAGUCCCUUCUAAAAUAAACAAAGUAAAAACAUCCUUUAAAAUACUAGAGCAGUGAAUCUCUGAAGGCAGAAACAAAAAGAAAGAAGGUUGCAUCUUUCUCCAUCAUUCAACAAACUGCAAGAAUGUGGUUGAUGUAACAGACUGCGAGAAUGUGGUUGAUGUAACAGACUGCAAGAAUGUGGUUGAUGUAACAGACUGCGAGAAUGUGUUGAUGUAAAUUCAACAACAUCACAGCAUUACUUCAGUCUAAAAGAAGCUAUGAAAUUGUUGAUAAAAUAAGGAACAAAUCUGAAAGAUAAAAUUAGCAAAUAAGUAUAUGUUUUGAAACAUUGUCUGACGGAGUAUAGUUAUAUUUAUUGCAGCCUGACUUAAUAUUAGUGUAAUGUGUUUUUGGACUCAUGGCUUUUCGCGUUUGUGACAGUUGACAUUUCACAUUUUUAGACAAUGAAUAUACUUGUGUCUGAAAUAUUUAUCUGUAACUGCUGCCAUAUUAGUUCAUUGUUAUACAAAUCAUUCCUUUGAAAGAUUGUAGAUUUUUUUCUGCAAAUGUAGAUGUCUUUUUAGCUCACCUGAUUGCUCAGGUGAGCUUUUGUGACCAGUCUUUGUCCGUCGUCUGUCCAGAUUCGUUCGUAAACACUCUAGAGGCCACAGUUAUUGUCCGAUCUUUAUGAAACUUGGUCAGAAGCUUUGUCCCAAUGAAAUCUCGGUCGAGUUCCCAAUGAAAUCUUGGUUGAGUUCGAAACUGGGUCGUGCCGGGUCAAAAACUAGGUCACUAGGUCAAAAAAAAGAAAAAACUUGUAAACACUGUAGAAGUCACAUUUCAUGCCCAAUCUUCAUGUUACUUUGUCAAAAUGUUUGUCUUAAUGAUAUGUUGGUUGAGUUUAAAAGUGGUUCCGGUCCGUUGAAAAACAUUGCCAUCAUUGUUGCCCUUAGAUUGUCCAAAUUUUCAUUAUAUUAUACAAAAUCCUUGUAAACACUCUAGUGGUCACAAUUGUGUUUCAGAUUUAAUGAAUCUUGGUCAUAAUAUUUAUUUUUGUAAGCAAAGUUUGAUGUUUGGUAAGGGGGUCAACUCAAAAUAUAGGUCACCAGGUCAAAUCUUACAAAAACAAAACCACUCCAUAUGCCAGAGUUUUGGUUCAAUAAUGAUGAAACUUGACCAGGUUGUUUGUCUGGACAAUAUCUAGGUCAAGUUUGAUGUUUGGUAAAAAAUGAAUGAACCGACUCCUCUAAGGUGAGCUAACUAGUAACUAGGGCGAGCAUGGCCCUCUUGUUUUGAAUAACUUUUACUAGUAUACUGUAACCUAGAGCUUAUGUUUUGAACCGUAUUUUUAUUUUAUGUGAUUUUUAAAUUUAAUGUACAAAAAAAACAUUUUCUUUGUUCUUAAUUUUGGCAAUUGCAAUACUUUUAAGUAACUUAUCUACUAGUAUUUGUAUUGAUUUCAAUCACAAGUAUACAAAUACUGAAGUUUUGUAGAAUCCUUUGUUUCAAAAAAAAGAGGUGGUUUGGAAUAUUUUAAUGAGUCGCGUUCUGAGAAAACUGGGUUUAAAGCAUGUGCGUAAAGUGUCGUCCCAGAUUAGCCUGUGUAGUCUGCACAGGCUAUAAUCAGGGACAACACUUUCCGCCUUAAAUGGAUUUUCUUUGAAUGAAAAAUACCAUUAAAGCGGAAAGUGUCGUCCCUGAUUAGCCUGUGCAGACUGCUUAGCCUGUGUAGACUGCACAGGCUAAUCUGGGAUGACACUUAACACACAUGCAUUAAGCCUCGUUUUCUCAGAGCGCGUCUCUAAUUAUAGUAAUGAUUAUUAAUUGAAAACUGUUGUUUUUAUGUAAUUGUACCAUUCAAGAUAAAGGUGUCUGUACAAAUCGUAUGUGCCAUUAUUGUUUAUGUUAACUUGCCUGGUAAUUAUUGAUUAUUGUUGAUUGUAUAAAUUGUAUAAAUUGUUUGAUUUAUUAUCAGUGUUAAAUGUUCUAUUAUUGUUAAAACAUGUUAAAUCUGAUUUGAACAAGAAAAUAUUUUAUUGCAUGUUAAUGAAAUAAUGAAUCAAGUUUGGUAUCCAUUGUACACAAUAAGUAUCAUUCUUGAACUCUGACUCCAAUUCUUAACUUAACAGGAUUUUUUAAGUUUGAUCGGGUUUCGAUUGGUUGGUUAUUUUUAGCUGGACUAUUAUAUAUGAAAUAUAUAUAGUGGAGCUAUCAUAUAUACUCACCCUGGCGUCGGCGUGAUCGUCUGUGUUAGCGUCUACGUUAGCGUCCAAAUGUUAAAGUUUUCGUACUACCCCUAAUAUUUUCUUUGUCGCUUGACAUAUUGCUUUCACAUUUUGCAUACUUGUUUACCAACAUGACCCCAACCUAUUAACAAUAGCAGACAACUCUAUCGAGCAUUUUGUCAUAAUUAUGGCUCCUUUUUCACUUAGAAUAUGCAGCAAAUGUUAAAGUUUGCGUCAUACCCCAACUAUUUUCAAUGUCCCUUGACAUAUUGCUUUCAUAUUUUGCAUACUUGUUUACCAACAUGACCCCAACCUAUAAACAAGAGCAGACAACUCUAUCAAGCAUUUUGUCAUAAUUAUGGCCCCUUUUCCACAUAGCCACUUUAUAUAUUUGGCAUGCAUGUGUGCCUCAUGGAGCUGCACAUUUUGAGUGGUGAAUCUACAGUCACAGUAGUGGCUUUCAAUUAUUUGCUACUAAAAAUAGAAAUUUAAUACAGAAUUAAAUUCAAGGGAAGUAAUGAAUAUAAUUAUAAAUCUCAUAUUUUAUAUUUCCUUACCAAGAAUUUAAGUUCUUUUCACAGUUACUGUACAGAUUUAUCAUUUAGAUUAUUUAUAAACCAAAUGAUUGAUUUGUCAAAGGUUUUUUUAUAAAUCAUAUAAUAAUCAUUUCUUUGAUGUUCAAUACAUAACGGUGGACAUAUGUCCAUAGAUACAUGAUCAACUCUAUGGCUAUGUUCUCUUUUAAACUACAGGCCGUGGUUAUCAGUGAUGUCUGACAUGGUCAUAAUUGACUGUGAGACCCUCCCCCCCCCCCCCCCCUCACCCCGUUGGAUUGGACAAAAUUCAAGGGAAGUAACCUUUAAAGGGAGAUAAUUUCUAUACCUGCCAAAUGAUAAAUAGAAAUUGUAUUUCAAUGUGGCGCAGUAGGGCAUUGUGUUUCAGACAAACACAUCUCUUGUUGGGUCACUAGGUCAAAGGUCAAGGUCACUGUGACCUCUAAAAAAAAAAAAAAAUUCUGACAAGUUUUUCGCAGCAGAAUGUGGCACCCGUUAUGCGGUGCUCUUGUUAGUGUAAUACAACCAUUCAAAAUACUUGUUCUUGAUCAUAUGUAAAAUUGUAUUUCUAGCAUUUUUUAAUGCUUUAUAUAAUUUGAUUGACCUGUCUUAUGACAUUAAUUCUGUGAACAUGUUUUGAUACAAUAAGAUGUCUUGAUACUAGGUAAUUAAUUGAAUAUGUUCAGUAUGAGGUGUAUUGACUUACAUGUAUCUCAGGCAGUUAUCAUAAUAAUAAUGUGUUACUUUAAAUUGAGUAAUUCUGUGUAAAUUAAUAUGACAUCCUAUGAGUUUAAUCAGCUAUAUUUAUAGACAUAUUCAAUAUAGUAAAUGAUGAAACUCAAGAAAUUAUUUCAGGAGAGAAAUUCUUGUUCCUUACACUACUUUAUAAACUAUUUACAUAAAUUGCUUAAAACUGGGUUCUCCCCCUUAGAAGGAUCAAUUCAAAGCAUUGGGAGUUACAACUGCUUUAAGGCAAAUACAGUAUGCGUUUCAUUUGCUUGGAUUAUACAUGUAUAUGUAGUAUCAAAGCAGUAUUGUUUGAAACAAUUGGUAUUAAUGAACUGUCUUCCACACAUUUUAUCCAUUACAUUCCUUGAUCAUUAAUAUUAUUCAAUAAUUUUUACCAUCUAUUUCAGUUUUUAUGCCCCCCCCCCCAAAUUUAUUUUUGGGGGGGCAUAUAGUCGCCGCUUCUUCUGUCCGUCUGUGCACAAUUUUUGUCCGGGCUUUUCUCAGCAACUAAUGACCGGAAGUCAAUGAACUUUAUGGGAAGCUUCACUACAAAGAGGAGAUGUGCAUAUUGUUAGCGGGUUCUGGUCGAAUGUUUUUUCACAGAUUUAUGGCCCUUUGAAAUUUUCCAUGAACUGUACAUAUAGUGCAAUUCUUGUCCGGGCUAUUUCUCAGCAACUAAUGACCGGAAUUCAAUGAAACUUUAUAGGAAGCUUCACUACCAAGAGGAGAUGUGCAUAUUAUCAACGGGUUCUGGUCGGAUGAUUUUUCAUAGAGUUAUGGCCCUUUGAAAUUUUCCGUUAACUGUACAUAAAGUUCAAUUCUUGUCCGGGCUAUUUCUCAGCAACUAAUGACCGGAAUUCAAUGAAACUUUAUGGAAAGCUUCACUACCAAGAGAAGAUGUGCAUAUUAUCAGCGGGUUCUGGUCGGAUGAUUUUUCACAGAGUUAUGGCUCUUUGAAAUUUUCUAUAAAAAAAAAUCUUGUCCCCCCAACUACUUUGCCCUCAAGACGUUUCCUUUUAUCUGAAUAUAUAGUGCAAUAUUGUGACAAAAAAACUUUGGGGAGCAUCACUCGUCUCAGACGGUUUCUUGUUUGGCUUUGGUAGGAAAUAUUUAAAUGAAGAAAAUCCUUUGAAUCAUUUGCUAAAAUGCUAAAAAAGCUAAAAUUGUUGGCAUACAGAAUAUCACAGUUAAUUUCUUAAUUUGUCUGUGUUUCAUUAAACAUAUGCCUUGAUUUAAUUCAUUAACAAUAUCAAAACAAAACAGCAGUGUGAUCACAGUUGUUCAUCACUUAAAUUUAGUCAUAUCAUCCCAUUAAUAUCCGAUGUCAUUCCAUGAUUACAAAUUUCCUAUCCCUUUAAACAUCAAGCAAUCGAUCUGGUUACAAUGAAAACAACUCUUUCAUCAUUAACAGAAUAAAUGCAAGCUGAUUUCUAGCAACGCCAAUUUACUGUAUAUGAAGGAAAAUGGGUCUCACUAGCCACAUAUGGCAUAAGACCGUUUUCAUGUUUUGUAGUUUAUUUGGUUAAAAAAAGAAGAUAUUUUUAAUGUGGAACAAUUUUUUUCUUGAAAUGUGUGGGAAUCAUUCUUUUAUGUUUUAAAACGCAUUAAAAAUCGGCCCAGUACGUAACAAAACGCAAUACAAAUCUUGGUACGUAUUUUAAAUCGAUUAAAGUGCGUAACCGGUUUAACCAAUAAUCCAGUUGAGUUUUUAGUGUAAGUCAUAAUGCCUUUGAAUGAAAGUAAGUCAAUCAAAAUAAGCUUGUUUUAAAAAUGGCGGCCCUUAUGUUUGCGGAUCAAAACAGGGCCUUUUAAAGCGACCAGCGGCGUCUGCGGGAAUAUUUUCAAAGAAAGUCUUUUCAUAUCGUUAUUUUAAAUUCCUUCUAUUUGCAUUUAAUAAUAUAAAUAACAAAUAAUACUAUUUCUAGAUUUAACACGCCAUUUUCUGUGUCAGUUUUCUAUGGAAAUGGAAAAUACCCCUAAAUAUUCCUAAAUACCCUUUAUGGCUGAAACCAUAAAGGAGUAAAAUAUGUAACGCUUUAACAAUAAUAUCAGGGGUGAAAUACCCUUUAGACUAAAUCCUUAUCUGGAGCUCUGACUCCACACAAUGUAUUUAUAAGCCAUGUGAUUGAGCUUUAUCAAUUCUUCCACAUUUCAAACGAUUUCCACGUUCAUUUCAAUAGACUGAAUAUCUAUGUAGUACAGCAAGGUUCUUAUUGAAUCAUAAUUAUUUUACUAACAUAUUUAUGUACAGCUGCUUUUAUAAAUGCUGUAUACAAAAAUCUGGUGAACAGUAUCAUGGAUUUGGGGAAAAAAUGUAUUUUUUUGUAAAUUUGUAAAUGAUAAUAACAUUUUUUAAGUCACAUUUUUGUACCAAAUUAUACAUUUGCUUUGUUCAUUUUGCUAGAAGGUUAUUAAAGGGACAGAGCCUUAAAGUAUAAUUGUGUAAACACAUAUGCCAGAUUUAUUUCAUUAUUAUAUGAUACUAUUGAUGACUUAUUUCCUUACUGAUUAUAAAUGUACAAUUAUUAUCCUGAUAUGCCAGUUAAGAAAAGUUUUCAAGCAUGAGUUCAGAUGUAUUCUAUGCUUGAAAGAAAUAUUCACCAUUUAAUGGUAAUUUUCUUUACUAACUGGAAACUUUCUUUCCCGUUACCCAUAUUUUAUUCUCAAGUUUUAAAUGUAUGUGUAUAUGUAGAAUAUAAGGUCAUUGAAAGAUCAUAAUCAAAUAUUGUAUAUGUACAUGAUGUAUGUUAUGGUGCUGAAUUUUGCUGAGGGAAGUUUUGCUUCCCUUGGAUUGGCUGUCAAGUAUCUGAACAGACUUGAAAUUAUUCAAUAGUAAAAGAGGGAGUAAUUACGUGAUAGGCAAGAUUGCAACGUCCAUGCAGAUAAAGGCAUUUUUCGAUGUUUAAUACCCAUUAUUCCUUUUUAAAUUGUGUUGAUGCUGCUUACAUUCCAGCCAGAUCAGCAAGAAAGUGAUAAGCUUUUAGUUCGUAGUAAUAUUUGAUGUAUAUCUCGACUUAACUCGCUACGAAAUGUUAAAAUGGGAUCAAAAAAUAACAUCUCCUAAACAAAAAUUCAUAGAGAGUAAAGUCGAGAUAAAAAGCAAAUAUGAAUUCAAAAUAAAUGCUAAUCACUUUCUUACUGAUAUUGCUGGAAAGUGACUGGUAUUUACAAAUUAAAUAAAGGUAAUUGAAAUGGUAAAUAACGGCGUAAAAUACCUGUCACGGAAUGGAUGUGGGCAUGUUGACUAUCAUGAGAAUACCCUCAUCUGAGUUAUCUGUGAACUUUUGCACAAGCUGCCAUCAUUUGAGUAUUAUAAUAUAUUUUAUAGAUCUAAAUGAUAAAAUAAAUAUAAUUUUAUCACCAGCAGUUUAUCAUCUUAAAUUGGUCUUGCCAGUCAAGUGCUUGAGUAGGAUGAGUCACGUUUCACCAAAAAGAAAUAUCACAGUUUAAUGAAGAUUUACCUUACUAAUAAUAGGUUAAUAAAAGUUCACAAACCUGAUUGAAUAGAGACAUUCAUUGAAUAUAGGUGUUCAUGAGAACACUGAUUGAAUAGAGACAUUCAUUGAAUAUAGGUGUUCAUGAGAACUUGCAGAAAUUUGUGUCUCAAGCAUUAAACAAGGUCACAAUUACCCAAGUUUCUUGACAUUUUGUUUAUUCUGUAAUGAAGUUGUCAGGAAACAUUUAUUCUAGUGACAGAGUUAGACUCACAAGGGCAUACAUAGAUGAAUAUUGUUUACAUUGAUUGUUACUCUUUUGUUGUAUUGCAUAUUGUUUUGUUUAUGUAAAUGAGUCUAUUUUUUAAAAAGAAAAGAAAAAGAAUAGUAACUAGUAUUUUGGUGAGAAAGAUAGUGAGAGGCAGAUACAGAGUGAAAGAGAUACCCAUGGGCAGUUUGGGUGUUGUUUUUUUCACAAUCGCACAUUGUUAGCUCAUCUAGUUUUUGAAGAAAAAAAAUGAGCUAUUGUCAUCACCUUGGAGUCGGCGUCCGGUUAAAUUUUGCGUUUAGGUCCGCUUUUCUCAUAAAGUAUCAAUGAUAUUGCAUUCAAACUUGGUACAGUUACUAACUAUCAUGAGGAGACUGGGCAGGCAAAGUUAGAUAACUCUGGCUUGCAUUUUGACAGAAUUAUGUGCCCUUUUUAUACUUAGAAAAUUAAAAAUUUUGGUUAAGUUUUGUGUUUAGGUCCAUUUUAUUCCUUAAGUAUCAAAGCUGUUGCUUUCAUACUUGCAACACUUACUAUCAUAAGGGGACUGUGCAGGCAAAAUUAUGUAACUCUGACUGGCAUUUUGACGGAAUUAUGGACCCUUUAUACUUGAAAAUUUGGUUAAGUUUUGUGUUUUGGUCCACUUUACCCCUAAAGUAUCAUAGAUAUUUCUUUCAUACUUGGAACUCUCGCAAACUAUCAUAAGGGGACAGUAAACGACAAGUUGCAUAUCUCUGGUUGUCAUUUUUACGGAAUUAUGGCCCUUUUUUUACUUAGUAACUUUGAAUAUAUGGUUACUUUUUGUGUUUAGAUCCACUUUACUUCUAAUAUAUAGAUCCACUUUACUUCUUAAGUAUCAAGGCUAUUGCUUUCAAACUUCAAAUACUUUCAUGGUUUCAUGAGGGUAUUGUACCUGGCAAGUUGAAUAUUUCCAAAGCCUGGGAAUGUCCUUGACUCUCAAGGUCAAAUUAUUAAAUUUUGCUAAAAUUGCCAUAUUUUCUUUAUUUAUGAUUAGAUAUGAUUGAUAUUUGACAAAACAACUCUUACCUGACAUACCACAAUAGACUCCACCCAAGGUCAAGGUCAUCCUUCAAGGUAAAUGUCAAAUAUACGGCGUCUGUCCGAAAACUUUAACAUUGGCCUUACUUUUUUAAUAUUGAAGAUAGCAACUUAAUAUUUGGCAUGCAUGUGUAUCUCAUGAAGCUGCACAUUUUGAGUGGUGAAAGGUCAAGGUCAUCCUUAUGGGUCAAAAAAAAAUAAAAAAUUCAAAGCGGCAUUCUCAUGAAGCUGCACAUUUUGAGUGGUUGAAGUUCAAGGUCAUCCUUCAAGGUCAAAGGUAAAAAAAAAUAUAUCAAAGCGGUGUUAUCAUGGAGCUGCACAUUUUGAGUGGUGGAAGUUUAAGGUUAAGGUCAUCCGUCAAGAUCAUCAUUCAAGGUCAAAGGCCAAAAAAAAUUCAAAGCGGCGUUAUCAUGAAGCUGCACAUUUUGAGUGGUGGAAGUUCAAGGUCAUCCUUCAAGGUCAAAGGUCAAAAAAAUAUAUUUCAAAGAAGCGUUUUCAUAAAGCUGCACAUUUUGAAUGGUGGAAGGUCAAGGUCAUCCUUCAAGGUCAAAGGUAAAAAAAACACUUUUUUUUCAAAACGGCGCAAUAGGGGGCAUUGUGUUUCUGACGAACACAUCUCUUGUUUUUUCACCCAAGAACCCCCCCCCCCCCCCCCC